GUUUAGCCAUGACCGCGGCGGAGGCUCGACGUCUUCAUGCUUAAAUACGAGCGCGACACAGUGGUCCGAGGCGUGGCCCACACCACACCAACAUCAUGUCCACCAAGUUCCACCCUCGCGCGCUCGUCCUCGCCGUCAUGGCCGCCGUGCUCUCGGAGGGCUGGGCGGGCCAAACGGCGACGGUGAAUAUCGGCGAGUUAGCUAAGAGCAGAUCCAACCCGUCCUGGUUGAACACCAAAAAGAUAAUCGGCGGACAGCUCUCAACCAUCGAGGCGCAUCCGUACAUGGUCUCCAUCGGGAUUCUCCAGGGCGACUCCUACGAGCAGCAGUGCGGAGCCACCAUCCUGGACGCGAGCCACGUCCUCACGGCGGCCCACUGUGUCCUGAACAAGACCCUGUCCCUGUACAAGCUGCGGGCGGGCUCCACCUCCCGCAAGCUGGGCGGCCAGGAGCGCACCCUGUCCAAGAUCAGCGUGCCCGCCAAGUUCAACCCGGACACGUACGACUACGACAUGGCCGUGCUCAAGCUCAGCCAGCCGCUGGUCUUGGACGGCAAGACGACCAAGGCGGUGGCUCUCGCCAAGGUGAAGACCACCGUCAAGGCCGGCACGCCGCUGGUCCUCGUCGGGUGGGGCUUCGAGGACUCCGCCAACACAGAGAGUGCGAUCAACUUGGAGGAUGUGGAGGUCACCUCGAUCGACAACAGCGAGUGCGCGUCCGACUACGCGAGCACCAACGAGGUCACGGAGAGGAUGUUCUGCGGCAUGGCCGAGGGGAAGGACUCUUGCCAGGGUGACUCCGGCGGCCCCUCCAUCAACAAGGCCACCGGCCAGCAGGUCGGCAUCAUCUCCUGGGCCCUGGGCUGCGCGCAGAUGGGCUACCCGGGGGUCUACACGGACGUGGCCAGCGCUGAGAUCCGAGCCUUCAUUGAUAGCGAGCUCAAGGUCUAACCCUGCGCCAAGAAGACACCUCGCGGUCUGGACAGCAAUAAUACGACACUGUUUUCUGACAUAAACAGCGUUUUAUUAUUAAAUUAAUUCCUGAAGACUGUACUCUACUAUGACGCAAGGUAAACAUUCAAUCUUAUGUUUUAAAUAUAAACUAGUAAAAUAAACGUAUGGACUAGAAAA